AUGCUUUGUGAAACGGGCCCCUGGUUACUGGGUCCUAAGAAUAUCAGAGAAACAACCCCUGCUGGACAACACUCGCAACAAUGUAGCAGACAGCAGCAGCGUCAGCAACAAACCCACCACCACCAUGAGACACCGUUCCAACGACCUCAGCGCCAUCGAGGCAACCCUGGCAGACCCCUCCCCCCGAACCCCAGCGCGCCCAUUUCUGACGAUAGCAACGGCAAUGGUAUUUACACGUACGAGGAACUCUCCAACGGCUUCACAUGCCCAACCUGCCACGGUUUGGGGAAAAUCCCUAGAGGUAGAGAAGAUGAUCUUGUAGCCUUAAUUCCUUACAACGAUGAAAGACUGAAACCUAGGAGAACGGGGUGCUAUGUAAUCAUAUCUAUAUUGGCUUGUGCAAUAAUAGCCGGGGUGCUGUGCGGCUUUCUGGUUCCAAAAGCGGUUCUUUUAUCCGUAGAUGACGUAGUAACGGCGGAUGUUUGGUUGAAUAAAACUACUUCAGAAAUGAGGCUACAACUUCAGAUGGAAUUCUCUCUUGCAAAUAUGAACUUUGUUCCUGUGUAUGCACAGAACAUUACAGUGUCUGCUUACUGGAGUGACGUCCUUAAAGGCUCCAACGUAACAACCAUGCCCUUUACCUUAGGCGGUAGACACACAAAUUCACAGAUGUUUUCUAACGUUACAGCCACCUUCACAGAGUCAUUUUUAGUGUCCUACUGCUCAGGUGACUCACCAACACAUGUGAUUUAUAUGCAGUUUGUAGCCACACUUCAGUUCAAGCUGUUAUCACAGAACCAGCAGGCGACCAUGACGCACUACAGCCCUGUCAAAUGUGCCUCACUGGACCAGGGAUGGAACUAAUCUAUCAGAUGCAAGUUUUUGUAAAAUUCACACCGUAGGGACAUUGUGCAUCCGGCCAAAUCUGCAGAGCUGAUCUCGUCAGAUGAAACCUCCUUUGGAGUUGAUGCCCAGAGCAUAUAUAUCUUGUAAAGAUGCAAUCGAGUUUAGGGACUACAGGAUCACAGACCAGUGCGUUUACAUCAAAAUAGUCUGCGAGCUGAUCUUGCCAGAUGAAACCUCCUUUGGAGCUGAUGCUCAUGGUA